GUAGCGUAGUAGCCACCUGUUCAGAGUUCAGAGUUCAGAGUUCAGACUCUGGGAGAGGCUGGAGAGAGAAAUUUGGAGGAAAGGAUCCAAAUUCUUGUGCGUUAGUCACUGCAGUGUUGUUUGUUGCUUUUUAUUUUCUGCGCUAACAUAACAUAACUUCCUCUUCAACAUUUAUUUAUUUAAUUAUAAAACGCAACUAUAUUUUUCUUCUUCAGCGCUAAGUUUCCCCUUUCCCAAAACCCCAACCCUAUAUUCCAUUUACAAUCGCAAUACCUCUAUAGUGUGUGAUGAGUUUGCCUCCUUUUUAAUGGCUCACACUCUUCACAAAACCCUUUCAUACCUAACCACCCUUUCCAUACUAUACUUCACACUCUCUCUCGCUUCGCACCAUGAUUUCUCCAUCGUCGAUUCGCUCUACGGCGACUACACGCCUCCCUCGCCGCCGCCGCCGCCGCCUCUGCCUCACCCGCCCUCGCUCACGUGCCAGGACGGUCUCAAUGCCACUGGCUCCCUGGCCGACACCUGCGAUCUCAAUUCCACUCUAGUUUUCACCGCUGAUGUGUACAUAGAAGGGAACGGAACAUUGAACAUUCUUCCCGGCGCCAAUUUGAGUUGCGCCGUGUCGGGCUGCGUGAUUUUGAUUAACGUCAGUAACGAAUUUAGUUUGCAGAGUGGCGCCGUGAUAGUUGCGGGGACCGUGCUGGUGGCGGCGCGCAACGCGACCUUGUAUGAAGGUUCCGUGAUAAACGUGACCGGGUUGGCGGGGGCGCCGCCGGCGCAGACGAGCGGGACGCCGUCGGGGACGCAGGGGGCGGGCGGUGGACACGGCGGGCGAGGUGCCACGUGUGUUUCGGAUAAUACGAAGCUGCCGGAUGAUGUGUGGGGUGGGGAUGCGUACUCGUGGUCGUCGCUGGAUAAGCCGUGGAGUUAUGGGAGUAAGGGUGGGACGACUAGUAAGGAGGAGAAAUAUGGUGGGGAAGGGGGUGGGAGGAUUAAGUUUGUAGUUGUUGAUUCCAUUGAUGUGUCUGGGGAUCUUUUGGCCAAUGGUGGGGAUGGUGGGAUCAAGGGUGGAGGAGGUUCCGGUGGGAGCAUUUAUGUUAAAGCUCAUAGAAUGACUGGAACCGGGACAAUCAGUGCCACUGGAGGUAGUGGGUUUGCUGGUGGUGGAGGAGGAAGAGUUUCAAUUAAUGUCUUCAGCAGACAUGACAAUACAAAAUUCUUUAUUCAUGGAGGAAUUAGUCUUGGAUGUUCCGGUAACGCUGGUGCUGCAGGGACAUAUUAUGAUGCUGUUCCUCGGAGUCUUACCAUUUGCAAUCAUAACUUGUCUACUCAAACUGAUACGCUUCUGUUAGAGUUUCCUAAAGUUCCUCUUUGGACAAAUGUUUAUGUCCAGAAUCAGGCCAAGGCAUUAUUUCCUUUAUAUUGGAGCCGUGUUCAGGUUGGUGGACUAAUUCGUCUGACUUUUGGUGCCGUUUUAAGCUUUGGGCUUGCGCAUUAUGGUUCAUCAGAGUUUGAGUUAAUGGCAGAAGAGCUUCUGAUGAGUGACUCUGUAAUCAAGAUUUAUGGAGCUCUUCGUAUGUCUGUCAAGAUUCACCUGAUGUUGAAUUCCAAGAUGCUUAUAGAUGCCAAUGGUGAUUCAAUUGUUGCAACAUCCUUACUUGAAGCUAGCAACCUAGUAGUGCUCAAGGAUUCAUCUGUUAUUCACUCUAAUGCAAAUUUGGGAGUUCAUGGACAAGGUUUUUUGAACUUGUCUGGAGCUGGAAACUUGAUUGAAGCACAACAUCUGAUUUUGUCAUUGUUUUAUAGUAUCAAUGAUAGUCACGUGGUUCUCUUUCAUAGAAUUUCUUGCAGGGAAGCUUUGGUUGGGCCUGGAUCUGUUCUAAGAGGACCUCUAGAAGCUACUGGUGAUGAUAUGAGUCCAAAACUCUACUGUGAAGUUGAAAAUUGCCCUGGGGAAUUGUUUCAUCCACCUGAAGAUUGUAACGUGAAUUCAUCAUUGGCUUUCACUCUUCAGAUAUGUCGUGUUGAAGAUGUUAUUGUUGAAGGCACCAUAACUGGCUCUGUUGUGCACUUUCACUGGAUUAGAAAUGUAGAUGUCUCUCAUUCAGGAGUAGUCAGUGUGUCUGGGCUGGGCUGUACUGGUGGGUUAGGUCGGGGAAGGUAUUUUGAAAAUGGUAUUGGUGGUGGAGGUGGACAUGGAGGAUAUGGUGGGGAUGGAUAUUACAACGGCAAUUUCAUUGAAGGUGGUACCACAUAUGGGGAUGUUGAUUUGCCAUGUGAACUUGGUAGUGGCAGUGGAAAUAAUAGCCUAGGUGGUGCAACUGCAGGUGGUGGCAUCAUUGUGAUAGGUUCAAUGGAGCACUCACUGUCAAGUUUGACCUUGAAUGGUUCACUUAGAGCCGAUGGAGAAAGCUUUGGGGAUGACACAAGAGGGAAGGAUGGUGGGAUUACUUCAAGCAUUGGUCCUGGUGGUGGUUCUGGUGGAACAGUUCUUUUGUUUAUUCAGACAUUAGCACUUGGUGACUCUUCUAUAAUCUCAACUGCUGGAGGACAAGGUAGUCCUAGCGGUGGUGGGGGUGGAGGUGGUGGAAGGAUUCAUUUUCAUUGGUCUAAUAUUCCAGUUGGAGAUGAAUAUGUCCCUUUAGCAAGUGUUAAUGGAAGCAUUAUUUCUGGAGGAGGAAUUGGUGGAGGUCAGGGUCUUCCCGGAAAAAAUGGAUCUAUCAGUGGAACUGCUUGUCCCAGAGGGCUUUAUGGUAUCUUUUGUGAGGAAUGCCCUGUUGGUACUUAUAAAAAUGUCAGUGGGUCGGAUAUAGCUCUUUGUCAUGAUUGCCCACCCAAUGAGCUUCCACAUCGUGCCAUUUAUACCUCUGUUCGAGGUGGUGUGGCAGAGACUCCUUGUCCAUACAAGUGCAUAUCUGAUAGAUAUCACAUGCCAAACUGUUAUACAGCUUUUGAAGAGUUGGUAUACACAUUUGGUGGGCCAUGGCUUUUUGGUCUUCUACUCUUGGGUCUUCUUAUCCUGCUUGCUCUAGUUCUCAGUGUUGCCCGAAUGAAAUAUGUAGCUGGGGAUGAUUUACCAGCUGUUACACCUGCUCAAAAUGAUGCUCGAUUGAACCACUCUUUCCCUUUUUUGGAAUCACUGAAUGAGAUUAUGGAAACAAACAGAUGUGAGGAAUCUCAGAGUCAUGUGCACAGGUUGUGUUUCCAGGGCCCAAAUACAUUCAGUGAACCUUGGCAUCUAUCACAUUGUCCUCCGGAACAAGUAAAAGAUAUUGUAUAUGAAGAUGCCUUCAAUAGAUUUGUGGAUGACAUUAAUAGUUUAGCUACUUAUCACUGGUGGGAAGGGUCUAUAUACAGUAUCCUUUGCAUCAUUGCAUAUCCCCUUGCUUGGUCAUGGCUUCAAAGGUGUCGGAGAAAGAAAUUACAGAAACUUCGAGACUUUGUUCGAUCAGAGUAUGACCAUUCAUGCUUGCGUUCUUGCCGUUCACGAGCACUUUAUGAAGGGCUGAAGGUAGCUGCAACAUCUGAUCUGAUGCUGGCAUAUCUGGACUUCUUUCUUGGUGGGGAUGAAAAAAGACCUGAUCUGCCUCCUCGUCUUUAUCAAAGAUUUCCCAUGUCUAUAAUAUUUGGGGGAGAUGGAAGUUACACGAGUCCUUUUUCUCUCCACAGUGAUAAUAUUCUUACUAGCAUCAUGAGUCAGUCUGUUCCACCAACUAUAUGGUAUCGAUUAGUGGCUGGUCUCAAUGCUCAACUACGCUUGGUUCGCCGUGGACAUCUAAAAAUAACUUUUGGCCCUGUUAUCAGCUGGCUUGAUGUAUAUGCAAACCCAAAGUUGGCUACAUAUGGGGUACGUGUUGAUCUUGCAUGGUUUCAGCCUACAGCUUCUGGAUAUUGCCAAUUUGGACUUGUGGUAUAUGCUACUGAGAAUGAAAGCAUGUCCUCAUCAUGUGAAGGUUAUGAUGAUUCAGGAAUAACUGAAAAGCAGACAUGUUUACUUUCAAGUCUCAGAAAUCCAGUGCAUCACAUGACAAGCAAUGAACACCUGAUGAUGCCUAGAAGGAUGUCUGGUGGGAUAUUGCAUGCCAAAAGCCUAAGAACUCUUAAAGAGAAGAAAACUGUAUAUUAUCCGUUUGCUUUUAUUAUUUAUAAUACAAAGCCCGUUGGUCAUCAGGAUCUAGUUGGUCUGGUUAUCUCUAUACUACUCCUGGGAGAUUUUAUCUUAGUAUUGCUCACCUUGCUUCAGAUGUACUCGCUGUCACUGUUGAGCUUCUUCUUAGUUUUAUUUGUCCUCCCUCUUGGUGUCCUAUUUCCAUUUCCAUCUGGAAUCAGUGCUUUGUUCAGUCAAGGACCUAGGAGAUCAGCUGGGCUUGCUCGACUGUAUGCUUUGUGGAAUCUAAUGUCCCUAGUCAAUGUUGUAGUUGCCUUCUUUUGUGGAUUUAUACAUUAUACAGCUCACUCACAUAACAAGCUUUCCAACUUUCGAUCCUGGAAUUUUAAUAUGGAUGAAAGUGAAUGGUGGAUGCUUCCUUCUGGUCUGGCCCUUUGCAAAAUUAUUCAAGCGCGUCUUGUUGAUUGUCAUGUGGCUAACCAGGAAAUACAAGAUCCCUCAUUGUAUAGCAGCGACACUAACGUCUUCUGGAAUUCUUGAAAGUUUUACUCUCUCUUUCUAUUUUCCAUACCUUUUUUUAUUAUUAUUAUUAAAGUGUAAAGCUUAAAUGGGCGGGGGAGCAGUCACGUUAAGUGGCAAUGUGUAAAUUGUAUAAUGUUAGGAGAAGUUUGUUAAAAUGUGUCGUGUGGAAUGGGUUGAUUAUAUUGUUUGUUUGAUCAUCAUCAGGUACUAUAGUUUUAUCUUAGGGCUUUAGCCCUUUUUGUAAAGGUUGGCCAUUCUAUCAAUAUAUUUAUCUAACUUAUACUCACUAAAA